ACAAUAAGUAAGGGAGCAUAGGACCUUGAAUGAGAUUCCAAACAACAAUCAAAAUUCAGUAUUAAAAAUGAAGGCUGUAUAUGUUAAACAAGCCAAACGGCCAUUAAUCUAAGAUCUUUUUUUUUUUUUAACUCAGAUUUUAUUAGAAACAGAUCACGUACUGCAGCUAUUAUUCUAAGUCACCCCAUGCAGCCUAUGAUCCUGUUAUAGCUCAGCACAUAUGGUGAAAAUUUUAUUAGUCGUCCCUCAUGAAGUUUAUUAAACCGGACUAAUCGAGCAAGAUGUGCUCAUGCACGUGUUCUAGCUUAUGUUUGCUCCCUAAUGAGAUUUUGUUUUCAGUCAACCAACCGGAGAGCCAUUUCUUUUAGUUACCUGUCCCGAUUUACAUUUCUAUCCAUCAUUUCCAUAUCUUGCCCCGUGUCUGGGACGCUAGGGGAGCAACACAAGUACACCAAGAGAAUAUUAAAAUGACAGCUGUCGCUUUCAUUCGGUACAUUUCAUCAGACAAACUGACAAAGUGAGAUGAGGGGGGUGUCUGGGUUGAACAGGCAUCUCGGCUGGAGAUCGGCUCUUCGUUACGUCAGCGUCUAAAAAUUGAGCUGACUUCAGACAAUUCUAUUUGUACUGAUUCUCACCAAUCAGGCCACUCGGAAUUUCAUAUAAUGGAAUUUUCAGCUGCAUCUCGGAGUUGUGUUCGGAUCUGAGUGCCGAGGCUCCGAGUUUGACUUCUCAGAAUGAAGCCACGUUAUAAUCUUGCCUCCACCACUUCACUGAUCAAAUCUACACUUGACCGGAGAUGUGCUUCGUUUCCAGGAGCCUGAUUAGGAUGCUAUGCUUUCUAAUAACUUUAAUUAAAAAUGAACUCUCCAUCCCAUGUUAUCUUUCCAUGUCCUACUAAUCUACAUGAGUGGAUUAAAGUACAGGCCCUUAAACAGAGGGAGCAUGAGCACCAAAUUGAGAGGGUGUUAACAUGAUCAUAAGGCUAUUUUAAAGCAUAAAACCUCAUUUCCAUCUCACAUCUGUAGUGUAUGCACAAUCGGUGGAGACAAUGAACUGAACGCAGCUACCUGUACAGAGAAAAGAACAUCAACAAAAAACAAUUGUGUACAUGAAAUUCUCUCAGUAGUAACUCAUGACCAUAGAUUUUGUUGGGGCUGGACAACAUGAUUAACGACAUAGCCUCAAAAUAAAGUAAGUUGAGAGGCUAUAGCACUUGACUUAGGGAGGGAUCUGAGACCGUUCCUCCAUACAGAAUCUCUCCAGAUCCUUCACAUUUCGAGGUCCACGCUGGUGGAGUCUCCUCUUCAGUUCACCCCACAGGUUUUCCAUGCGUUUCAGGUCAGGAGAGUGGGAUGGCCGUGGCAGGACCUUGAUUUUGUGGUUUUUGUGUCCUGUGCAGCGAUUGGUAGAAAGACAGAGGCCUGGUGUCACACCCACUGGUUGUCCUGACUGGGCCUAGUGGCAUGAGUGUGGGAAAGACCCCUCGAUACAACGUCGUGUCAUCGUCGGAGGAGGACUUCCAUCACCACAGCAACAUGCCUGCCCUCGGCAAUGGCUUUGGAAAUGGUAAGAUCCAGACACGGCGAAAGCCACGCAGCCGCUUUGUUAACAAAACCGGACAGUGUAACGUCAACUUUUCACACAUGGAAGAGCAAUCGCAGCGCUACUUGGCAGACAUCUUCACGACCUGUGUGGACAUCCGUUGGCGCUGGAUGUUUUUUCUCUUCUCUCUUGCUUUCAUUCUGUCCUGGCUGGCGUUCGGUUUCAUCUUCUGGCUCAUUGCCCUUGCACACGGUGACUUUGAGAGAAGCUCCAAUGAAGACUUCAUACCCUGCAUCAUGCAGGUCAACAGUUUUGUGGCAGCCUUCCUGUUCUCAGUCGAGACCCAGACCACAAUCGGAUACGGCUUCCGCUGUGUGACUGAAGAGUGCCCGCUGGCUGUAUUUAUGGUUGUUGUACAGUCUAUUUUGGGGUGUAUCAUUGAUGCUUUCAUGAUUGGUGCCAUCAUGGCUAAAAUGGCCCGGCCCAAAAAGCGUGCACAGACAUUGCUAUUUUCACACAAUGCUGUCAUAGCUAUGCGUGAUGGAAAGCUAUGCUUAAUGUGGCGUGUAGGAAACUUGCGCAAGAGUCACAUUGUUGAGGCCCACGUACGAGCACAGCUGAUUAAACCAAGAGUGACGGAAGAGGGUGAGUACAUCCCACUUGACCAGAUUGACAUCAACGUUGGCUACGACCAAGGUAUCGACCGCAUCUUCCUUGUUUCUCCUCUGACCAUCAUCCAUGAGAUAAAUGAGGAGAGCCCACUCUUUGGAAUCAGCAAACAGGACCUGGUUAAUGAAGACUUUGAGAUUGUGGUGAUCCUUGAGGGCAUGGUCGAGGCCACGGCAAUGACAGCUCAGGUGCGCAGCUCUUACCUGUCCAGCGAAAUCUUAUGGGGUCAUCGCUUUGAGCCAGUAGUGUUUGAAGAGAAGAACCACUACAAGGUAGACUUUACGCACUUCCACAAGACUUAUGAGGUCCCCUCUACACCACGCUGUAGUGCCAAAGACAUUGAGGACAGCAGGUCAUUGCACUCCACUGCUAAUUUCUGUUACGAGAAUGAGCUGGCAUUCAGCAGGGAGGACGAGGAGGAGGAGGAGGAAGAUGUAAGGGGAAUUUUGGGGACUGAGAUGGAAACCCUAUCAGCCAGCCUGAACUCUGACCAGAGAUCACACCAUAAAGAGUCUGAGAUAUGAUCUCUGACAUGACUGACCCUGGACAUUCACCUCUAGAGAAUUUUAUUUUAACGUAGAUCCAGUCUGUCCCUUUAGUUUCGGCUUGAACUGACAGAUACGAAGCAAAGCAAGUGCCAAUAUGAACCACUGACCCUGCUGACUUAGUGCCAUGGCGCAGUCAAGGACAGGCGACAUUAUGUUAAUGACUGUUGCUGGAUGGCCUUCCUGUAGGAAAACUUGAACUAGGAUUCCUUGUUUCAUGCUGUAGUUUGCAGUGAUAGCUUUACUGUAAGUGAUAAUGCAAUACCGAGCUAUCCUGGGUGCCAAAUUUGGUCAGAUAUCUGCUAGGAAUUUCCGGUACAUUCUUUUGGUUCUGUAGAAUUCCCCCUGAAAAUAUCUACUUAUCAUACACUCAUCAGCACAAUAAUUAACAAUAGAUAGAUUUACAAUCCGUUUUGUUUGGUAUAACUCAAAGCAAUAAGGUUGUCAUUACAUCUGUUUUAAUACCCUAAUAAUCCUUGUAUGUUGUAGCGCUUCAAUCACUCAUCAACAUUAUGAACCUCAAAUCUUAAACCUACAGUUAUUUUACAUAUUUAUUUUUUCAACAUUAACACUACAAACAUUGAAUUGCCAUUCAUUUAAAAAAAAAAAAAAAAUGGCACCCAGGCUAGCAGAUAGCUAUAAAACGUAGUGUCUUAUAUCUUCAGAAGUGUGUAAAUUAAUCAGUGUGUGUGUGUGUGUUUUAAAAGUCAUUAUUUUUCUAGAAACAAAUCAACAAUUUACCCUCCACACACACAGAGCACACAUCCGGCUCCAAACACACACUCGUUCAUGCUCAGGAUGCACUCUCUUGCACAGCAGAUUAAGCUCAGAGAGAAAGUUGGUCGCAUCUAAGUACGACUGUUUAAUUUUAAUUGCAAGUAAAUGAUGUUUCAGUGCAAAUGAUUGAGCAGGAUAUCUAUUAUAUAUCUAUUGUGAGCACUAUAUUGGAAGCAUUUGAGCUUCAAGCUUUAUUGGAGGCUGCUGGCACGAUAACUAAGAGUAACACUAUCUGAUUACGUUUUGAGAAGAAAAAAAAAACAUCAGGGUAACAAAAACAAGCUCCUGAAAUUUAAACCAAAUCAAUAUCGGAUAUAAAUAUCUCCAUUAUUAUCUCCAUCAUAUCUCCAUCAUAUCAUGACUCCGAGAUAUUUACCAGGUCUUAAAUACUAUGAGCAGGUCUCAUGGUUUAAAGGCUUAUUUAUGUAAAAGGGCACAGUGCAAUAUGAAGCCUUGAUGAUGAUGAUGAUGUUGAUGAAAUGCUUAAAGAUAGCCCUAGAGUUGGGCAACGGGGACGUGUUUAAACAGUCAACCUAACUGUGGAAUAUCUGAAAUGUGUAAAACAUGUUACACUCACCUGUGACUAUGUAAGUAUGUGAAAAUAAGCAAAUAAUUGGGGGGAAAUCACGUGAAAAUAAACAAAUCAUUAAAAAAAAAAUCACACGUAACUCAUUUUUAAAAAGUCACAUUUGAAAAUAAAUUAAUCGUGUGUAAAAAAAAAAUCCACGUGAAACAUUUUUAAAUCACGUGAAAAUGCAUUAUUUAAAAAAAAAAUCACAUGACUCAUUUUUCAGAAAAUCACGUGAAAAUAAAUGAAUCAUUGAAAAAAUAGCAUGCGAACCAUUUUUUAAGAAACAGAAGUGAAAAUAAAUGAAUAAUUGAAAAAAAAUCACGUGAAUCAUUUUUUUAAAAAUCACGUGAAAAUAAAUGAAUUGUGUGUAAAAAAAAAUCACGUGAAACAUUUUUUCACAAUCACAUCUGGAAAUAAAUGAAUCGUGUUUUUAAAAAAAAAUGUGAGACACAAUAUAUGACGUAACUUUCACACGUGUAAUUUUCACACGUGUAUGGUGUGAUUAUUCACUUUCUGCAAGGGUUAUCAGCAACACGGUCCCGGCUUAAGUAAUCCACAAAAAUCCGACACACACUCCCAGCUACUGCAGCUAUUAUUGCAGUGUGCUGAUGAUGAUCUCCCAGAUACCUCACUCUCUUUUAAAAAUUAGACAAAGGUCUGGGAGGGGCAGGCGGUACAAAGAGACGUGCGAAACAAAGGAGGAAUAAAUGAGUAGAGAGUUCACCCACUCACCCCAUCCAUCACUUCUCUCUGUGGGAGAAAACGAGUGUGCCUGAUUAAAUAAAGAAGGCAUUAUGUAAGAUAAUUUUAAUAAAUUAAAUGUUUCACAGAGACAGAUUACAACCAGCCUUGUUCUCCAAAAGAGAGGGGAAUAGAGAAGAGAAAAGAGCAAAGGCAGACAAGCACCAGGCCUUCCUCAUGUUCGUCCAUACAUACCUGUAAAUCAGUCUGUUAUGUAUGAAAACUCAUCACAGCCUUGGAAAACUGGGUCAUGGUAAUUUAGUAACUUGCUGGCUGGGAAUGCAAUGAUAACUAGAACAUGAUAACUAGCUUAUUAAAUUCAUUCCCUAAGAACUUAUAUUUUAGUUUUUUUCAAACAGUCACUUCUUUAGAUCCGAUUAGUAUAUGCUCACUAAUAUUAUGACCCCUGUUAGUCAAAUGACUCAAGACAAUAUUCAGAUAAGCAGACCAAUUUAUUCUUCAGGGUUAGACAGGGUUGGACAGGGCUGAAGUGCAAUCUGGAGUUGAUCCCAGGAACACUGGGCGCAAGGCAGGAAUACACCCUUGAUAGGACGUCGGUUUAGUUUCUCUGCCGACUGCCGUAUUUUUGGGAGCUGAGAGGAAACUGGAGAACUUGCUGGAAGCUCGCCCAGACAUGAAGAGAACUUGCAAAUCUCCAUUCAAAGUAACAGUAACCCGAGUUCAGGAUCAAACCAGGAGAGCUGGAGUUGUGAGACGGCAAUUCUAUGCACAGCACAGAUAAAUCAAGUGGGAUUAUUUAAAAAAAAUUUUUUAAAUCCUACUCUUGCCCAUUUCUGAAGGAAUCCCGUUUGCACCUUUGAUCAUUUCGAAUGAACUUGGUAUUUUUGGUUUCUCUAAGUGGUUUCACGAAUACCUGAAUUAAUACUUACUAAAAAUAUGAAUGAAUGAUGAGUUAAGGCAUGUACUAUAUGGUAAAUGGACUUUUUUUUUACCCUUCGCGGUUCUACAAAGCACUUUACGCUGGUUCUCAUUCACCCAUUCACACACACACUCACACACCAAUGGUAGCAGAGCUACAAUGCAAGGCUCUAGCUUGCCAUCAGGAGCAACUUGGGGUUCAGUGUCUUGCCCAAGGACACUUCGGCAUGUGGAGUCAUGUGGGCCAGAAAUCGAACCGCUAACCGCUAACAUGCUCUACCACCUGAGCCACAGCCGGCCAUUCAUGAACUAAUGAAGAGCUAACCUUAACUACGACAUAAGUCUUAUGAAUUCAUGCGUGAAUAAUGACCACUUUAAGUAAAUGUUAGUACAUGUUUGUUAGUUAAUGUAUUCAUUAACACGUAGGGGGAAACUAAAUCAAACAUGCUCUAUAAGAAAGAAUACGAAUGAAACGCACAUCAUUUAAAAUUGUUUAUAUAAUUUGCCAUAUGCAGCUACGUACACAAACAUCAUUGGAUGGCACUGGACUACUUUCAUAAUUCACAUUGAUCCUCCUUGUUAUUGGUGCAUCUUUCUACGUUCGAUCAGGAGGAUCCGCUGAAAUUAUGAAAGUAGUCCAGCGCCAUCCAAUGAUGCAGUAAAUAUGCCGCAUCCAACAAACUCCCACUCCAACUUGCUUUGUCCUACAAGUUUCAUAUUUGACAGCCCACUUCUGCAACUGUUUUUAUUUUGGUCUCAUCGUCUCCGUCUUCGUCCCCACUUCUUAAUUGAUCUACUCUAGUUAGCAAUGUCUUGUUAAUCAAACAAGAACAGAUGAAGGCUGCAUAUGGUUAUUAGAAGGUUAUGUGGAUUUGUACAGAGAAUUCGCCACUCAGUUUAUUAGCGUCUCUUACCCACACAUUUCCACAUGACAUUUCCCACUGGUGUUGGGCAACCAUCUGUGAAAUGAUCCUUAAAUAACAUAAUCAUAAUCAGAGACAGAUGCAUUACCAAAUGUAAAGCCCAUGAAAGUAGCCACACUGUAAAAGCUGCUACAGAGACAAUCACUCAGACACAAAGCCUGUAUCUCGACAAAAAUUAAGCAAAGGUUUAAGGGGGAUUUCAAGUCACACGGUAUAAGAGAUUAUAUGUCUAUGCAUAUUCAUUAAAAUAUGCAUGUAAUAGAUAAAAAUAGACAUUUAAGCUAUCUGGAGGAGGGGGAUAAAUAAAUAUUAAUGAAUACAGUGUGAGGUUUAAUCACCGAGUCUCGUAAUCUAUCCAUCUCAUACUAAGACUGGUUUAGACUCGUAUGUGCAUGUGCCAAAUCCAAGUGGUCACUUCCUAUUUCUAUACUUCUCUAUUAUUUACAAAUUGCUAUCUCUGAACAUUUUGACACAGUAAUGAUGUAAAAACCACAAUGAAAUAUGCAACAUGUAAGAAAGCAAGAUUUAGAGUUAGAAAUGGAAGUCAUUCUGGAUUUCCGAUUAGUUUGUAAAGCGUAAAGGUAAAAACAUAUUGUUCUUUGGUACAAAAUGGAACGUUCAAAAAUGAACCCAAAGGUCACAUGAUUCACGUGAUAUAAUGCAUGGACAGUAGUUCAUCUCUCUUUGUCUUUUCUUAUGAUUUAAAAUAACAGUCAUAGAUGUCUUCCUUCAGAUUUUAAGAUGUACAUAUUUACCUUUGUAUUUUAAGAGCCAUCUGAGAAUACACUGGAUGCAAAAUGAGGUCUGAAAUUAAACAGGAUGUGAUCAACCUGAGAAA